AUGGCUUCUUUAAUCUCAAAGACUUCUCACAGUACUCAUGCACUUUCACAUGAAGAACAUCGAAGUAAAGUGUGUUUCUUAUGCUUGAAGAAGAAUAACGUGAUGUUCAAAGUGGCCAGUUUGUUGAGAUCACAUUUGGAAACAUUACUCCAGUUUUAUCUUGCCAAUUUGCUCAGUAAUGAAAGAUUGCCGAAAGUUGUCUGCACGGCUUGCAAGAGAAAUAUAUCUCGGAACAAAUCGGAGAGAGACGGCGGAAGGACCAAUCUUCAAACCGUUGCAUUACCAGAUUUUUCAAAGUUUCAGAAGCCAAUUUUAAGUACAAGAUCUCAGACUGGGAAACGCUUGUACUGUAAUAAUCUUGAAAAUUUAAUUGAAUAUAUUGAGACACAGCGAGAAAUUGGCAAUCACCAUUUAAAAUUUGGGAUAGAUGGUGGAGGCGGAUUCCUAAAAGUCUGUCUAUCUAUACAAGCUCUUCAAGAUGGAAAUGAUCAAAAAGAACUGAAACGUCAGAAAUAUAAUGAUGGUGUGUGUGCCCAGACUUUCAAAGAUACAAGAGUCAAGAAAUUGUUUAUCCUCGGCAUUGCGAAAUCUGCACAAGAGAACUAUGAUAAUGUCUCAGAGAUCUGGAAAAUCUUGAAUAUAAAUAAUUUUUCCUGUACAAUAGCGACUGAUCUUAAAUUAGCUAAUAUUUUGUUAGGUAUUACGUCCCAUUCAUCUUCAUAUCCUUGUACAUGGUGUUUCUCUGAGAAUAAUAAUUUGGAAAACGUCGGGUUGCGUCGCACAAUAGGAAACUGUACUAAUUAUUUUGAAGCUUGGAGAAAUGCGGGAUCAAUUAUGAAAAAUUCGAAAAACUACAAAAAUUGUGUAAAUCUUUCUGUUUUUACCGGCGAUAAAAAUACUAGAGUUCUUGAAAUUAUUCCCCCUCCAGAACUUCAUUUGAUACUCGGUGCAGUAAAUAAGAUAGUGAACCAUAUGCAGGGUGAAUUUCAACAAGAAACACAUGAGUGGACUAAACUCUGUAAUGUACAACGCGAAAUAACUCACGGAGGCGCGGGAUUCAAAGGAAACUCUUGCAAAAUAUUGUUGAAUAAAGUCGAUUCUCUCCGGGCUAUUUGUACCGUGGGCUGUUUAAAAUAUGUAGAGACUCUUAAGGACUUUCACAGGGUCGUUAACGAAUGUUUCGGAACUCAAUUGAACCCUUCUUACAGAGAAUCGAUUAGGAAAUUUAAAUCGAGCUAUUUAGCUUAG